UCUGUCUUCUUCCCGAUCCUUCCUCCCGAAAAGCCCCCAAGCCACCGACUUUCUCCCCUUGAAAAACCCGGUGAAGGCCUCUUGAAAUUUCCCUCCUUUCUUGCUCAAAAACCAAGUUGCAGGCCUAGAACACUCUCCUAAACCCAGAAAUUUUCCAGAUCUGCGCUGUCCUCUUCCCCUCUGUCCGCCGGCCUCUGCUGUGUGGGGUUGGGUUCGGUUUUCUGGUAAGAUUCAGCCAUGAAUUCCUCCCUUUAACUUUGAUUUAGCUUGAGUUAACUUUGGGUUCUACAAUUUUUGGCUAGUCCGUAAAUCCCCUGCAGCUUGCCACCGACUUCUUCUUCUCCCUGCAGCUCCGAUUUUAGCUGGAAAAUUCUGGUAUGGACAGCCCUUUUAAGUUCGAAUUUAUCAAUUAAUUGUUGUCCAAUUAGUUGCUCUGUGUUGUCCGAGAUCCCGCCGGAAUUAUGGGAUAAUUGUGGGUUCCCGAUCGUCCUAUCAAUUAGCACCGUGAAUUGAGCCUUUGGUUUUAAGCGAGUGAGGUAGUGAGACCCGACGCGUGGGAAGCCCGGGGGAGUGACGAGCUAGACGGCUAGGCACUUUUGGACUUAGGUUUUUGUAGCUAAGCCGUUAGUCACCCAUGCUUGACAUAGAAAAUUUAGUGCUUAAAUUUGAAUUGCUAAGUAAGAACUCAGUAGGUCUCGAGCCUUUUGCAUUUGUGGGACCCUCUCACAAGUGCACGGCGUCUGCCACGACCCCGGAUUUGGGUUCUGGGGCGUGACAACUGCAAUCCUAAUGGCAGUCAUAGACUUGUUCAUCUCUUUCUCUUUGGUACCCUCACCAACAACCAAGUUUAUAAUGUGGGCUACAAAUCUCAUGUGAAUUUCUGUCCCACUAAGAAUAGUAGUUCCCCAUUUGUUCACUGCAUCUUUUAAAACCCUCACAAGUCCAUUUGCUGAUGCAUUAUCAAUGGUUCAUGCAUAAAUUUUCCCUAACCCU